AUGCCGAAUAAGCGCCCUUCCCGCAACGCUUAUUUCUUUUUUGCACUUGAUAUGAUCCCCGAGCUGCGGCGCAAGGGGAUGCAAGUGUCCGAGGUGCGGGAUGCUAUUCCACUCUGUUUGGAGUAUUGGCAGGUGCUGAGCAUUGAAGAAAAGGAAAAAUAUGCUGAAAAGGCGAAGGAGUGGAAGAACAGUGAACCUGAAACAAACUUUUCUGAUUCUUUUCGAAAGAAGGUACCAAGGAAUCUGGAGAUGUGGCAACCUGGAGCAACUGCAGAAUCAUAUAGACAAAAGCAAACAAUAUUGCAGAAAUUUCAUGAAGAUCCCAGCCAUUCUAAAUUCAAAAUUGGUGAAGACUGGAAUGCAAAUUCUUACAGUAAAGAGAGUGUAUUUUACUUCUUAAACAUAUUUAGUCAUGGUGAGAUGCCAGCUAACUGUGAACAACGCUUUGUUCCUUGUGAGAUUGGUUGUGUCAGAUUUUCUCUAUGUGAUGGAAUAAUGGGCAGUUUCCAUGAGUUCAUAGACCCAGGAGAUUUACCUCAUGGAUUUCGAUAUCAUUGUCAAGCUGGAAGUUCAUCAACUCAUCAGAUUCCCAUUUCUGGAUUUGAGCUGAGUAAUAGCAAUUACCAUAGCUUAUUUCGUGAACUUUGUGGUUUUGUCUGCCCUGCUCCUGGCAUGUGGUCUCCUGUUUUUUGCAAGGAGGAUGUUUUCAGCAGAAAUACAUGGUGUCUUCAGUGGUUGGCUGACAAAGCAGGAAUGGAGAACCAUUUUGAACUUCAGAAUGUUGAAGAUUUAAUAAUUACAUUUUAUAAACAAAAGCUUAAUGAGGAGCCUUCACUAUCUAGUGUCUGUAGACUACUUGAUGCUGUUCAGUGGGAUUUUGCCAGUAACACUAGAUGCAAGUGGCAUGAGGAGAACGACAUGUGGUGCUGUGCUGUUGCAACCUGCAAGAAAGUUACGUACUGUAUUAGUAAAGCCUUGUCUUCUGUAUAUGGUGUUAGCCUUACACCUGCCCAUUUGCCAGAUCUGCAAAAAGAGAGAGACCAGAAUUCUGAUAAUCCGGAAGUAAUUGUUCUUGAUGCUAAAAGAUUUCAGAUGCAGAGGAAUAAGUGUUCCAAAUAUAAUGAUAACCACAUUGUGAUCUCAAGCAAUGGGAAUCAAAACUGUGCUUUGGAGCCCAGAGGAGUAGAGCCGUAUAAAAUCAGUGCUGCACGUGGAAGAGGAAUUCUUCGAUUACUGGGAAGCUUUAACGAUUCUCACAAUAAUGGACAGUGA